GGCUCGCCGUCUGCUGCGGCAAGAGUUCUGAUGAUGGGCUUUAUGGUGGCCUGCAUCAUCUCGAGCGUGGUAUGCAUGCCCCCGGGGCAGGGUAGAUCUCUGCGGGGGGCGCCGUCCGCUGAGUCGCUGUUACGAGCAGCAAUGACCGACACAACGACAAGCCGAUACGAGUUGACGGCGAGCGUGAAGCUGACAAGUUCUCUUCCAGCGCUGAACAAAGACUUCACUUUGGUGGGGAACUGUGGAGGCAGGGGCUGUGCGAUCGACGGGCAAGGGAAGUUCCGCGGAUUCGUCACGAGUUCCUCUCUCUCGCUGUCGAACUUGGAGUUGGUGGGGAUGACCACGGUGGGAACGAACUUGAACUCUGACGGCUAUGACACGAGCGGCGGAGCCGUCUACGUGAGUGGCGGGCCGCUGACGGUGUCCAAAUGCGUGUUUCGCGGAAACAGGGCGCAGAAGGCAGGCGGCGGCGCCAUCGCCAUGCUAGACUCGCAGUUCACCAUCUCCGACAGCAUGUUCACUGAAAACAGCGCCGAUGGCUCGGGAGGCGCGCUCAUUGUGUGGAGCAACAGCUUCGGAGAGCUGAAGAACACCGGGCUGUCUGGCAACAAGGCGGGGCUUUUCGGCGGUGCGGCGUACUUCAGAGAAUCCAGUGUGAAGGCGCUGUCCUGUGCCUUCGCCGCCAAUAAGGCGGGAAACAACGGAGGAGCGCUGCUGCUGAGCGAGUCCGAUGCCACCAUAGCCAAGACCUCCUUCACCGCCAAUUCCGCUCCCAACGGACUGGGAGGGGCCCUUCGCGUUCUCCUUGAGGAUCGUGAGGUCGUGAUCUGCAGCUCCACGACCUUCGCAGGCAAUUCAGCCCAGGACAAGACCACCAAUGAUGCCUCCGACUUUGUCGCUCCCCAGGUGUUAUGGAUAUCGGGUCUCGUCUCGGGAGACAAAGCUUGGCUAGCCCGAUUCCGACCCCCUUCUUGCCCUACCCAAACCCUGAUUGCAUACGCCCUAAAGUCGGUUAUCGCCGAUGUGAAAGAGAGAUCGAUUACCUCGGAGAUUCACUGCCUACCCCUGAUUGAUCACCUGUCGUUCAACGACUCGGCCGGACUAAUCCACGUAUACCGGCAUAAGAGAGGGGAGUUCGUAGAAACUCUAAACCAACUAACUAGGGGCACAGUGAUGGUGAAGAAGGAGGUGGAGAAGGAGGAUCGGAGCAUCAAUGAGAGCUCUAUCGAUGCGGAGGUCAAGUUUGUGAAACUAUUGUCUGCGCAUUCCCAGUUUCACAAAGAAAGGGAGGUGCACAAGGUUAGUCACGUUGAUGAGGAGGUGAUGAAUGAUGAAGAAGACGAAUUGACUGAGGAGGAGAAGGAAUACGUAAGGAGGAAGGAUGCGGAGGUUGCUAGAACGAAGGCACAGAUGAUGACGACUAAGAAGAAAACGUUUACGGAUACGUGGAGGAAUGCCUUCAUUCCUCUUGCAUCUCCUAGGUGGGUUGAAAAUAUGUCGACCGCUUUCUCUGGUAAAAUUUGCUCCCUCGAGACCUUUAACUACCUUGCGCCCAUCGAUCAGAGGGGAUACAGACUACUAGCAUUACUUACAUAGGAUGAGAUGAAAGCUGCAUAUGAUAGAGCACUAGAUAUGAACAUGGCUCCGCUUGACAUUAAGUUCCCGUUCAACGGGGAUGGCGUUUUCCUCCCACCAAUGAGCACCAUGGACGCGAAUAAAUGUGCACUCCCACAUCCCACGGUCUUGAUCAAGGGCAAUAAACCGCCCCAGAAUCC